AUGCCAUUCGUAAAGGAAGGCAUGCCCCUUGUGAAGGAGCCCCAGCCGCCGGCGCUGGGCCCGCUCUCCUGGUUCCUCCCCAGCCUCUUCGCUGCCUUCAAUGUGGUCCUACUGGUCAUUUUCAGUGGCCUUUUCUUCGCAUUCCCUUGCAGAUGGCUGGCUCAGAAAGGGGAGUGGGCCUUUCCUACGGUCACAGGGCUCCUCUUCAUCCUCACCUUCUUCAGUCUCAUUUCACUCAACUUCUCUGACCCUGGUAUCUUACAUCAAGGCUCCAUGGAGCAGAGCCCCAUGAUGGUGCACGUGGUGUGGGUGAACCACCGAGCCUUCCGCCUGCAGUGGUGCCCAAGGUGUGGCUUCCAUCGCCCUCCCCGGACCUACCACUGCCCCUGGUGCAACAUCUGUGUGGAGGACUUUGACCAUCAUUGCAAGUGGGUCAAUAACUGCAUCGGUCACCGCAACUUCCGCUUCUUCAUGCUACUGGUCCUGUCCCUCUGCCUCUACUCUGGCGCCCUCCUGGUCACCUGCCUGAUAUUCCUGGUUCGCACCAGCCACCUACCGUUGUCCAUAGACAAGGUCAUGGCCAUCCUGGUGGCCAUCCCUGCUGCAGGCUUCUUGAUGCCGCUCUUCCUACUGCUGCUGAUCCAGGCAUUGUCGGUGAGCGCGGCUGAGCGCUCCUACGAGGGCAAGUGUAGAUACCUUCAGGGAUACAACCCUUUCGACCAGGGCUGUGCAAGCAACUGGUACUUAACAAUCUGUGCACCGCUGGGACCCAAGUACAUGUCUGAAGCAGUCUGGCUGCAGAGAGUGGUAGCACCCGAGUGGAUGCCCGUGUCCACCCUGUGCCCUUGCGCACUGUCCCCCAGUUCUGUCUGGACCCCAGCCUCAGCCUCUGGGUCUCUAUGCACCAGGCAAGGGUCCCCCAGGGAGUGGCGAGGCUGCAGUUCUCCAGGAGGGCCAGAAUAUGAUUUGCUAGAGAGUCUUAGAAGAGGUCAUGACCGCUCCACAGGCAAUCACUUCCUCUCUGGGAUCAAGACUGUUGUUCUGCAGAACUUGCCCUUGAUUCUCAGACACACCCCACCCAGUCCCUGGCCCACAGAUAAGAACCAAGGAAUGACCCCCACCCACACCCAAAUCCUGCAGGGCUGCAAGGUGCCCGGUGCCAGCUACCUCCUAGAACUGAACCUGAGUCCCCCAGCUAAUCUCUAG